UUAAGCAUGUGUUUUUCUAUCUAGGCUGUCUGUAGGAUCCUCCUUAUCUGAAGAGCAUACUCGAGGUGCCUUAUUGCUCGAGGAACCCUCGAGGUGCCUUAUUGCUAUUAUAAACUGGUUAGCAACGUAAUUAUUGCAGUAAAAAUACAUGUUUUUUCAUACCCGUGGUAUACUUCAGAGCUGUAAUUUCUGCAGGCUAUUACUGGGACACUAUGCAACACACCACCUCUAACCCUUAUGGUUUCCUGCAUGCAUUCUAAUUAAAACAGAUAUCUGGCUUAACUCAGACAGGUCUAAUCACAGGUAUUCUUUCAUGCUAUAUUUCUGACAUGUUGGGUUAAAAGCAAUGAAUGAGUAAAACAGUACAACUCUCCUCCACUGCCUGGCUAAACCACUCCCCUCUCUAAAACAACCGUGAACUGAGUAGUUUGGUGAGUCCGCAAAGGACACGACGUCGAAACGCUGCGAUCAAAUUGAAGGAUUCUCCCACAACAAAUACAGCACAAACAUGCCAAACUGGGGAGGAGGUAACAAGUGUGGUGCAUGCCAGGGGACAGUGUACCAUGCUGAGGAGGUGCAGUGUGAUGGGAAGAGCUUCCACAAAUGCUGCUUCCUGUGCAUGGUCUGCAGAAAGGGUUUAGACAGCAACAAUGUGGCCAUCCACGACACUGAGAUCUACUGCAAGUCCUGCUAUGGAAAGAAGUACGGCCCCAAGGGCUACGGCUACGGCCAGGGAGCUGGGACACUCAGCAUGGACCGUGGAGAGAGACUGGGGAUCAAACCAGAGGACCAUGGCAUAAGAACUGCUUCCGCUGUGCCAAGUGUGGGAAGAGCCUGGAGUCUACCACCCAGACAGAGAAAGAUGGCGAGAUCUACUGCAAAGCAUGUUACGCAAAGAACUUUGGACCCAAAGGAUUUGGUUAUGGCCAGGGAGCUGGCGCUCUGGUGCAUGCCUAAUGAUGAUCACCCUCAAGACAAGGCAUUUCUGACUGUGAAAACCGCUGUGCUACGUUGUUUUUUUAAAGGCUGGGGGAGGGCCAUAAUAGGGAGGAUUUACCAUUUACAAAUAUACAAUAAAUAAAAAGCUUUACCAAAAACAA